AUGAGCUCCUCUCGCCAGGUUUACCUGCUUCCAUUGAAGGAUGACGGAGCUCCUGAUGUUCCCGGGGGCUUCAUUUACCUCGCUCCUCCGCCCAAGGGUGGAUAUGUUCUCCGGUUCAUCAUCGAGGGAACGAGCUCCAUCUGCCGCCAGGGUAGCCUCUGGGUGAAUAUCCCUGAAGAGGGCAAGCCUUUUGAGCGCCAUGCAUUCCGGGAAUUCAAGUUGCGGCCCAAUUUCAACGAGAACAUUCAGAUUGACAUCCCUGUGUUAUUUGCGGGAUCGUUCGCUUUCUAUACAACGUUCUCUCCCCUGCCGGAGUUCUCGGUGGAGGAUGUGCCUACCCCGGAGCCUACCCAGACACCUGUACACUACAUCGAUGUGUCGCCGAGACUCACGCUGCAAGGAAAGGACUUACCGCUCAAUGCGCUAUCUGUCUUCUCGGUCAUCUCUAAGUUUAUGGGUCAAUACCCCACAGACUGGAAUAAACACCUUCGUGGCAUCAGUCAGCGGAACUACAACAUGGUUCACUUUACCCCUCUGAUGCAGCGUGGCGCGUCGAACUCCCCAUACAGUAUUUAUGAUCAAUUGGCAUUCGACAGCGCCUUCUUCCCCAAUGGAGAGGAUGAUGUCACUUCUUUGGUCGCGAGGAUGGAGAAGGAAUAUGGCCUUCUCACUUUGACUGAUGUGGUCUGGAACCACACAGCUAACAACAGCAAGUGGCUGGAAGAGCACCCCGAGUCUGGUUACAGUGUGGAGACUGCUCCCUGGCUGGAAGCAGCUCUCGAGCUGGACACUGCGCUUUUGGAAUUCGGUGAAGGCCUUGAAGAUCAAGGUCUCCCAACAGAGUUCAAAACCGAGGCCGACUUGGUGACUGUUAUGAACGCAGCACGCAAGCAAGUUAUCGAUGGAAUUCGUCUUUGGGAAUUUUACGUCCUCGAUGUAAAGAGCGACGUCAAGAAGAUCCUAGACGCAUGGAUCAAUGAAGACGUUGAUCCCGAGCUCAUUAGGCGGGAUGAUAUGCAACAGUUCAAGGGAUGGUCACUUGCCCAGCAGGCCAACAUUGUUCAUGAGCUUGGUAUUCCAUCCGCCAAGCAAGUCCUUGGACGCUUUGGCCGAGCUGUAGAUCCCAAAUUUGGUGCUGUUGCCUUGAAUAUCAUCUUCGGUGCUUACAACCAAGACAAAACCAACCUAACCGAGGCCGAGGAGUUCUUGACCAAGCUACUUGAUGAAGCCAAUCUGUCCUUCUACAGUGAACACAAUGCUGACGUUAAUGCAAUCAUGGAUCAAUUAUUCAACCGCAUCAAGUAUCUCAGAAUUGAAGAGCACGGUCCUAAAAUGGGCGCUGUUACAAAGGAGAACCCUUUGAUCGAAACUUACUUCACCCGCCUUCCUCUGAACGAAAUUACAAAGAAGCACGACCCCAAGGCCUUGGCUUUGGUUAAUAAUGGCUGGAUCUGGAACGCCGAUGCUAUGCGUGACAAUGCCGGCCCCGAUUCAAAGGCCUACCUGCGCCGCGAAGUGAUCGUUUGGGGUGACUGUGUCAAACUGCGAUACGGAUCUUCGCCCGAGGACAGUCCUUUCCUCUGGGACUUCAUGACCCGUUAUACUCGCCUCAUGGCCAAGUACUUCAAUGGAUUCAGAAUCGACAAUUGCCAUUCAACACCCCUGGUUGUAGCAGAAUACUUGCUGGAUGAAGCCCGAAAAGUCAGACCUGAUCUGACUGUGUUUGCCGAGCUGUUUACUGGCUCUGAGGAGGCCGACUAUAUCUUCGUCAAGCGCUUGGGUAUCAAUGCCCUCAUUCGCGAAGCCAUGCAGGCGUGGAGCACGGAGGAGCUCAGUCGUCUUGUUCACCGUCAUGGUGGCCAGCCAAUCGGUAGCUUUGAGAUGGACCUGCCUUCCGCUGGUAGCAGCCAUGCUAUUGCAUCUGCUAGAUCUGGCAAGAGCGAUGAGAAAAUCACUCAUAUUCGCCCAUGCCCGGUUCCUGCGCUCUUCAUGGACUGUACCCACGAUAAUGAAGUGCCUGCGCAGAAGCGCGAUGCCCGAGACACCCUUCCUAACGCUGCCCUUGUGGCCAUGUGCGCAUCAGCUACGGGUAGUGUGAUGGGUUACGAUGAGGUAUAUCCCAAGCUCAUCGAUCUCGUACACGAAACCCGCCAAUAUGCUUCUCAGUUCUCAGACUCUGAAACACUGGCUGUUGGGUCUUGCGAAGGCGGCAUCGGUGGUGUUAAGAAGCUUCUCAACCAGCUCCACACCAUGAUGGGAGUUGAAGGAUACGAUGAAACUCAUAUUCAUCACGAUGGUGAAUACAUCACUGUGCACAGGGUCCAUCCCAAGACCAGGAAGGGUAUCUUUUUGGUCGCACACACUGCUUUCCCAGGAAACGAGAGCGGUGCUAUUUUGGAUGCCACCCACAUCGCGGGUACCAAUGCCAAGCACAUUGGAUCCUGGCAGCUCGAGGUUGAGGCUGACGAUGACACAAAGGCCAAGAUCCUGGGCGAUGAUAAGUACUUGAAAGGUCUUCCCAGCCGCACCCGCGAUAUUGAUAGCACCAAGGUUGAGCAAACCGAUAAGGAAGUCAUCAUUUCUGUUCUUGACACUCUUGUCCCUGGAUCCAUUGCUCUCUUUGAGACCUGGAUCCCCGGCGCCGACCACGCAAAUGGCUUCGAGAACAACCUCGCCAAUGGCGCGGACGAGGCUUUUGCCGAGCUCAGCUUGGUUGAUCUCAACUUUGUGCUUUACCGCUGUGAAGCCGAGGAGAGAGACGCCAGCGAUGGUCAGGAUGGCAUCUACACCAUUCCCAAGCUGGGACCCAUGGUCUACGCUGGCCUUCAGGGCUGGUGGAGUGUCCUUGAGGAUGUCAUCAAGUACAAUCAGCUCGGCCAUCCCCUCUGCGAUCACCUGCGUGAGGGACAAUGGGCUUUGGACUACAUCAUUGGGCGCAUGGAGAAGGCGGCAGCUAACGAAAGCUACGUGAAGUUGAAAAAGCCUGCCGCAUGGCUGCGAGAGAAGUUCGACGCCGUUCGCAAUCUGCCCAACUUCCUUUUCCCGAGAUACUUCGCAAUCAUCGUGCAGGUCGCAUACAAUGCUGCUUGGAAGAGAGGAAUUCAUCUGCUCGGAGAUAAUGUGCGCCACGGCCAGGAGUUCAUUCACCAGCUGGCUAUGGUCAGUGUUCAAUUGUGUGGCUACGUGAAGUCUGCUUCUUUGUGGCCUACCAAGAUGGUUCCUAGUCUUGGGGCUGGACUGCCUCAUUUCUCGGUUGAUUGGUCCAGAUGCUGGGGUCGGGAUGUUUUUAUCUCUAUCCGUGGUCUUUUCCUUUGCACACAGCGUUUCGACGAUGCCAAGGAACAUAUUAUUGCCUUUGCUAGUGUGCUGAAGCAUGGUAUGAUCCCGAACUUGCUGAGCAGCGGUAAGCUGCCAAGAUACAAUUCUCGCGACUCCGUCUGGUUCUUCAUGCAAACUAUCCAGGACUUUGUUGAAAUGGCGCCCAACGGCAUCGAAAUUUUGCAAGAGAAGGUCCCCAGAAGAUUCUUGCCCUAUGACGAUACUUGGUUCCCCUUCGACGAUCCUCGCGCCUACUCCGAGUCUCCUACUCUCCUCGAAUGUGUCCAGGAAGUGUUCCAAAGACAUGCUUCUGGCCUGUCAUUCAGAGAAUACAACGCUGGUCCUGACCUUGAUUGCCAAAUGAAGGACGGAGGUUUCCAGAUCGAUGUCAAGGUCGACUGGGAAACCGGUCUCAUUUUCGGCGGUAACCAGGAUAACUGCGGUACCUGGCAAGACAAGAUGGGAGAGAGCGCCAAGGCUGGAAAUAAGGGUGUUCCCGGAACUCCGCGCGACGGUGCCGCUAUCGAGAUUACCGGUCUCGCUUACAGCGCUUUAAAAUGGGUAGCUCGUCUCCACGAAUCCAAGGCAUACCCCCAUGAAGGCGUGGAAAUUGGCGAAGGCAAGAAGAUUACCUUCGCUGAGUGGGCCGGCAAGAUCAAAGACAACUUCGAGCGUUGCUACUUCAUCCCACUCGACCCCAGUGAAGAUGGCCAGUACGACGUGGACGCGAAGAUCAUCAACCGCCGCGGCAUCUACAAGGACUUGUACAAGUCCGGCAAGCCUUAUGAAGACUACCAGUUGCGCUCCAAUUUCCCCAUCGCGAUGACCGUCGCCCCAGAGCUCUUCACCCCCGCCAAGGCUCUGGUUGCUCUGUCAAUUGCCGACUCUGCACUCGUGGGACCCGUCGGCAUGGCAACACUCGACCCAUCCGACCUUAACUACCGUCCCUACUAUAUCAACUCGGACGACUCGGAUGACUUCGCAACCGCCAAGGGCCGCAACUACCACCAGGGUCCGGAGUGGGUCUGGCAACGCGGCUACUUCCUCCGUGCACUGCUGCAUUUCGAUCUCCUGCGUCGUAAGACGCCCGAAGAGCGCACUGAAUGUUUCCAGCAGGUUACGAGACGUCUUGAUGGUUGUAAGAAGGCUCUUAGGGAGAGUCCUUGGAAGGGCUUGACCGAGCUGUCUAACAAGAACGGAGAGCAUUGCAAUGACUCGUCGCCUACUCAGUGCUGGUCUGCGGGUUGUCUGCUUGACGUUUACUAUGAUGCUUCCAAGCAUUCGUAG